AUGGCUCAACAGCACGAAACGGAGCCAUUGGUCUCUCUCUGGACCAGAUCGUUGCUUUCUGGUGCCGUCGCCGGUCUCACGGUCGACUGCUCCCUCUAUCCCCUCGACACAAUCAAGACCCGUCUCCAAAAAGCCCGAAGCCAUGCCCCCAGCACAAACGCACCAACACCCCAACUCUCCCUUCGCCAGACCAUCCGCAGCAUCUACGCCGGCCUCCCCUCCGUCCUCUUCGGUUCCGCACCAUCAGCCGCGUCGUUCUUCAUUGUCUACGACGGCGUGAAGCGCUCGCUGUUACCAGCCCCGAAUAGCUCCGAGAAAGCGUCGCGGACACACAUCACACUCACGCACUCUGUUGCGUCGUCGAUGGGCGAGAUUGCCGCUUGCGCGGUGCGGGUUCCUACAGAGGUUAUCAAGCAACGCGCGCAGGCGGGGUUGUUCGGGGGAUCGAGUCUACUAGCGCUGAAGGAUAUCCUGGCACUACGGAAUGCACAUGGAUACGGGCAGGUGGUGAGGGAAUUGUACCGCGGCGCUGGGAUUACUAUUGCGCGGGAGAUUCCGUUCACGGUCCUGCAGUUUACGCUGUGGGAGGGGAUGAAGGAGAGGUAUGCUAAGCGGAUGGCUGCGGCGGGGGCUGUUCCUACUGGGACUGAGGGGCAGGUGCCUGCGUCGACGAGUGCGAUGUUUGGGAGUGUUGCUGGGGCUAUUGCGGCGGGGUUGACGACGCCGUUGGAUGUAAUUAAGACGCGAGUGAUGCUUGCGAGGAGGGGUGAUGGUGCUGGUGGUGAGGCUGCGAAGGUGAGGAUUAGGGAUGUUGUGCAGGAGAUUUCGAAGGAAGGGGUUGGGGCUUUUUGGAGGGGGAUUGGACCACGGGUGGCAUGGAUUGGGAUUGGAGGGGCUAUAUUCUUGGGUAGUUAUCAGUUUACGUGGAAUACGUUGGAGGGGAAGGAUCGGGGGAAGAGUGAAUAG